AAUAAUGUCAAGUGUCAUGUCAUUCGGGAAAUUAAUAGCCUAAAAAAUACGCUUUUGUAAUUUGUGAAAUAAAAUUGUAAAAUAAAUAAAAUAGGAAAGUUUAGCAAAUAUGUCGGAUAACGACGAUGAUUAUAUGUGCGAGGAGGAGGAAGAUUAUGGAUUGGAAUACUCAGAAGACAGUAAUUCGGAGCCAGAUGUUGAUCUAGAGAAUCAGUACUACAACAGCAAGGCGCUGAAGGAAGAUGAGCCCCAGGCUGCUUUGCUUAGUUUUCAAAAAGUCCUCGAGCUGGAGGGAGGGGACAAGGGAGAAUGGGGCUUCAAAGCACUCAAACAGAUGAUAAAGAUUAAUUUUAAAUUGGGCAACUUUACAGAAAUGAUGUCUAGGUACAAGCAGCUGCUGACGUACAUCAAGAGUGCGGUCACGAGGAACCACUCGGAGAAGUCCAUCAAUUCCAUCCUAGACUACAUCUCUACUUCUAGAAAUUGUUCGCUACAGAUGGAAUUGUUACAAGACUUCUAUGAGACCACUCUAGAAGCUCUAAAGGAUGCUAAGAACGACAGGCUAUGGUUCAAGACGAACACGAAGUUGGGCAAACUGUACUAUGAUAGGGGCGACUUCAAUAAACUGGCUAAGAUCCUCAAGCAACUGCAUCAGAGCUGUCAGACUGACGAAGGCGAGGAUGACUUGAAGAAGGGCACCCAGCUGCUGGAGAUAUACGCGCUAGAGAUACAGAUGUACACCGCUCAGAAGAACAACAAGAAGCUCAAGGCGCUGUACGAACAGUCGCUGCACAUCAAGUCUGCUAUACCACAUCCGCUUAUUAUGGGGGUUAUUAGAGAAUGUGGCGGCAAAAUGCACUUGCGCGAGGGUGAGUUCGAGAAGGCUCAUACGGACUUCUUCGAGGCCUUCAAGAAUUACGACGAGUCCGGCAGCCCGAGGCGGACGACCUGCUUGAAGUAUCUCGUUUUAGCUAACAUGCUCAUGAAAUCAGGUAUCAAUCCCUUCGACUCUCAAGAAGCGAAGCCUUACAAGAACGACCCAGAAAUCCUAGCCAUGACGAACCUCGUAAUGGCUUACCAAAACAACGAUAUUAACGAGUUCGAGUCUAUUCUCAAGCACAACAGGAACAAUAUAAUGGAUGAUCCCUUCAUAAGAGAACAUAUAGAGGACUUGCUUCGUAACAUCAGGACCCAAGUGCUCAUCAAACUGAUCGGACCUUACACUAGGAUUCAUAUACCGUUUAUAUCUAAAGAACUGAAUAUCGAUGAGAAAGAAGUCGAGAAUUUAUUGGUCACGUGUAUUUUAGAUAACACUAUCAGCGGUCGCAUCGACCAAGUGAACUCGGUGCUGGAGCUGCAGUCGGGGGCCCGCGGCGCCGCGCGCUACUCGGCGCUGGACAAGUGGACGGCGCAGCUCGCCGGCCUGCACCUCGCGCUCGCCAACAAGAUGGCGUAGUGCACGCGGAACUGUGCCUGUGGCUGGAGGGUUAACUACGGUAGUUGAGUCACUUUGCUGAUUUGAACUUGUGUAGUGUAGGGCUCUUGUUCACCACACGAUUGAGGUACGAAUUCGCUGGUUACCGAUAAAACGUUACCUAGGUAUCUGGUAGUUCUACCUACCAGAUUAAGGCUGCUUAUAAAAAUUAUAGUUUAUGUGGCAAAUAAAUUCCUGAUAGAGACUUUGUCAGUUACCAGUGAAACUUACCAUUAAUAUCGUGAAACCUUAUGUACCUUUUACCGUAUGUACGGAGUAGUGACAAAACACUAACCGUAUGGUAUGGAUCACUAUAACAAAUGUGCUGUGAAUAAGAGGUCCGACAACUAGUAACCAAUUUCAGAGUGGCAAAGUUAUUUGUGCUGUAAUGGCGGAAUAAUACUUUUAAGUAUGAGUUUUCGCUGCUGGUUGAAAGUGUGAUGAUCGUGUGUAGAAUGAAAUUUGACAAUUAACUAUUAAUUAGUGCCAGAUUUUUUUACAGUUUUUUGUGUUGAGUGAAAACUGAUAUUUAAAGUGUUUAUACGCUAAUUGGAAGAUGUAGAUGCUUUUAAAAAUGUUGACUGAUUAUUGUGUACUACGAUUUAAAAGCGGCUUUCGCGCCUACGUUCUUAACGUCAUUAAAACUAAACACAUCUUAUAAAAGAGUAAACGGUUUAGAGAUUCGAAGGCGAAAUUAGAAGACAAAACAGAACUGGACAUAUCCGCCAGCACGGCGGUCCAUUUUAUGUUUCUUUAUUGUAUAAAAACAUAAUAUCUGUCAACAUUAUUUGAAAACACCGAAGUCUUCUUUACAUAAGUCUCCAGUCACACGUAUAAGCUUCUUGGGCCUUCCGCUCGUGAAGUGGCGCGAACACGACUCUGUACGACGGACUGCACGCGCCAUCGUACAAACGCGGCCUAACACCGAACAUAUACACAAUAUCGCCCGAAUAAUUAACAUUCAAAAUUGUUGAGCGUCCUCCAUACAACUCGCGAAGUUCCUCGGGAAAGUUUAUCAGAGUUAAUUAUGAAGGAAUAUAGCGAGGCCCGAGUAUCCCUCCCAUAGGGAACAAAUUGACGAGCAAAGAUGUCAUAACGGAAAAUCUAAGAAACUAGCUCCGCCAAAUGCGGGUGUUCUGGGACGAGGAACGUAACCGUCUCCGCCCUGAAAGCCUACUUUGGAUCCUACCCAUUUUUGUAAAACCAAAAUACUUCGACAGAUGUGUCAAAGACCCGAACGUCUCGUUAAUUCACGCGAAAUUGAGGGUCCUGACUACCGUGCGUUACUUGACGUAGAAGAAGGCGACUUAUCUACCUUUCUUCGCUCGUCUUUCGUUCCUUAGUGGUCCCUCCACACUCCUCGUAUUCGGGAAAAUUCGCGAGUAGUCUGGAGUUCGCUUUAUGUGAAGGUUGUGGUCUGCAAACUCGUCCAACUUCUUUUCUAUGAUAUUUUGGCGCCCAACCUGGCUAUGUACAUAUAGUGCGCUCGAGAAUCUAGUGUAAAUCGCCUUAUUCGAUGUCUCUCGGAUUAUGUAAGAAUCAUGCACAUAAUAUAAUCGACCACGUCCACAGCAAUAUAUAUAAUACCUUUAGUUACUAUUCUAUGUCUAAAAUUCCUUGUAUAAAAGUUGUAAAAUAGAUAGAAAUCUAAAUUAUUACUCGUAUUUUGUCAUUAGCCUUUCCGAGGUCUGUUGUAAACUGUGAAACGGCGGGCGGUCAAGGAUAUUAUAAUUAUCUGAAAGAAUUCUGUGAAUACAUAUAUUAAGCAGUUCUUUCAAUUAGUUAAACAAAUGUUUCAUAUUCAUCAAUAUCUAGUUUCGACAGAAAAGAGUUGUGAUAGCGUUGUGAGGGCGUAGUCGCCAUUGAGUCCCAAGUGACGGUUUGUACGAAAAUUAUUGUAUAAGAACAUUUUGACCGUAUAGUCCGUUUUCAUAUACAAUUGGAUAUACAUACAUCUCCUUUUUGUAACGUUGGUUAAAGUACCCUCUAGCUGUACAACCAGACUGUUCUAAUAUCACACAAAACUUAUUUUAUAAGAACUUGCGCUGUUUAAUUUUGUAACUUUUUAAGUCUCGAUGUAUUGGCGAAGUUGCCUCACUCACGGAUUAUGUUAAGAAUGUAACCGAUCAACUGGAGUCGGGAGUUGGAAAUGUGAUAUUGUAUAUGGAUGCGUGUAGUAAUAUAUUUGUGAAUAAUGUAAUAUUUGUCCGCGGAGUAUAAAAAGACAUCGUACAGAGGCUCGGUAUGAACGCUUGUAAUUAUUGGGAACAAUGGCUGAACAACUGAAGAACACGCCUCAUUCAGUGCAGUGUUAUGCAAAUACACGAUUUCAAGUAUA